AUGCGGAAGAAGCCUGUUCAGAAUCUGCGGGUUGAACCUCCUGUAGAGACCAAGAUGCAGAAUGGCUUUAAUGGUGCCAAUGGUGCUAUUAAAUCUCCAAACUCGGUUCAGAACAUAUUCAUCAAAGCAGUGCGCUCGGCUGCAGCCUUACCUCGAACUCGUCUGUCACCUGGCGAUUUGGUGCCACAGACCCUUCCCAGAGAAUCCCCCUUCUUCUCUUUGCCCGGUGAACUCCGGACCAAAAUCUACGAGUACAUCUUUGAAACCUACCGUGUGGCCAUCAUCCGAGACAAGCCGCCGGCUUUUGAAGGUCAGAAACAAGGAAGGUACCGCCUCUAUCACAGGAAUCUCCAGCUACGCGAUGUGGACAGCCAUGCCAUCAUUUCUACUAUGUCAGCUUCACCGCCCCUGGCGCUUGCCCUCACCUGCUCGAAGCUCUAUCUGGAAACUGUCCUUUACCUGUAUUCAAACACGCACUUUGUUUUCAGCUCUCCAAAGGUCAUCAACAUGUUCCUAAAGCGCACCGCAAAGGUUUCGCAGGCGGCCAUCCGCCAUCUCGAGCUGCAUCACAUCAUGUAUAACGAGCCAGCACUCACGGAGCACCGCAUUUACAAGUGUCUCAGUGACAUGAGGUGGUACUUAACUUGCGGGGAUAUGUGUGAGGCUUUCACAUCACUGAAAUCGCUCCAUCUGAAUCUCGCCAUCGCGGACUGGCCUAUUCGGUUGGAGGUCGAAGAGAAGUGGGCGUUGCCCCUACAAUUCUUCAGGGACCUGGAUUAUGCCGAUGUCAAACUUCACAUGGGCAUGUUCAAAGAGGAAAAACUUCAGAAGGUCGCCCGGAAGCUAGAGGAGCAGAUGAUGAAACCUGAAGCCUUUCAAAUCAAAAAUGACGAACGCAUCGCUCGGGAGUUGAUGGCGAAGAUGGGGCCCGUCAAGGCUCGCAAAGUGCUGACCAUUACUUUUUAG